AGUGUCAGCCUCCUCUUUCAUUCUCAGAUCUCCCCAAAAUUUCCUUAUUUCCUUGAUUUCCCUCUCUGCUCAAAGGAUUUUUGGUUUUUACCACAUGGCUUCAGCAGAUGUCGAGUACCGGUGCUUCGUCGGAGGGCUCGCGUGGUCCACCGACGACCGGUCCCUCGAAGAAGCCUUCAGUGCUUUUGGCGAGAUCAUCGAAUCGAAGAUCAUUAACGAUCGUGAGACUGGAAGAUCCAAAGGCUUCGGGUUCGUUACUUUCCGUGAAGAGAAAGCUAUGAGGGAUGCUAUCGAAGCAAUGAACGGUCAGAAUCUUGACGGAAGGAAUAUUACGGUCAACGAAGCCCAGUCACGCAGGAGCAGUGGCGGCGGUGGUGGUAGAGGAGGAUUUGGAGGAAACGGCGGGUACGGCCGCAGUGGUGGUGGUGGAUAUGGUGGUCGCCGUGAAGGAGGUUACGGAGGUGGUCGUCGUGAGGGUGGAUAUGGUAACGGUGGAGGAUACGGAAGCGGGCGCCGUGAGGGAGGAUAUGGAGAUGGUGGAUCUCGGUACUCCAGAGGCGGUGGUGCCUCAGAAGGGAGCUGGAGGUCUUGAUCUAGCGUUGGAUUGAGCUUGGGCAUUAUGUUUUAGGCUUGGUUUCUUAGUUGUUAGUGUUUGGUUUGACGAUGUUGCUAUGGUUCUCUUUUACUGUUUGGGUGUUUGGAUUCUCUCUCAUUUUGACCGCUGCUUGUUAUUGUCUGUCUAGGAUUAAAAAUCCCCAACAUAAGAAUGGAAUGAAGUACACUUCUUUUCAAUU